AUGCCUAAGUUAAGUUUAGAAACCCGUCCAGAAAAGCCGGCUGCUUUGAGGCGUCCAAAACAAUUACUUGCGUACUCUAUUGAUAAAUCAGGAGAACAGCACAUUGACGAUUACCGAUCUCUUCGUUAUUUUUAUUAUCCCGAUACUUCAUUAGCGGGACGUCCACAGCUUUCUUCAGGUUUUUCAAAUUUUGUUAAACGCGAUGAAAGUGUACCAAAACAUUUAAAUGAACUCUUACGUGCCCUGACCCAUUAUGAGAAAGUGCAUAAUGAUGGCAAAAAAGUAAAGGUUGAUAUUAUAACAUACCGUGGGGUUAUGACAAAAUUACUCGUCCUUGCACAAGUUUUGAAAAACAGAUUUGGAGAUGAAGAUGUAACAAUAAAUGCUACGUAUUUUGAUGGAUCUUUGUUAAUGGAGUUGGAUGCGACAGUUGAACAAGAGAAAAAUCUAAGUCGUCAAGUUAAUAAAAACGAUCAAGAUAAAGAACGAGAUCAACAAAUGACAUAUUGGGGAUAUAAAUUCGAGUCAUUAGCAACUUUAACAAAGCCAUGGACUCAGUGCACACGGGAGGAGAUUGAGAGUCGUGAUAAAAUAGUUGUAGACAAUAUUUCUGAAUAUUGUUGUUUGGUACGAACUGGCGUUGGAAAAGUUAAAAUGAUUCUUGGUGCAGAAGUUGAUGCAAUUUAUGACUAUAACCCAUAUGAUAAAUUUGAUCUGUCUGGAGAAAAUAAUAAACCUUCUGAACAACUCUUUAAUGAAGAUGACAAAGAAAAAGAUAUUCUUCCACAUUAUGUCGAGCUCAAAACAACAAAGGUUAUUCUUAAUCCAAGAGUGGCAUCGACGUUUUUAUUGAAACUUCUUCGCACAUGGGCGCAAUGUUUCCUCAUAGGUGUCCCAAAAGUAGUAUACGGAUUUCGAGACGAUAAUGGAUAUCUAAAAUCUGUCGAAGAGUAUGACACAGAAGAUUUACCAAAGCUUAUUGCAUCCGCUCAAUACGUGGAAGAUAACAAGAAAUGGAACGGAAAUGAGUGUAUCGCAUUUUACGCCGCUGCAGUUGAAUGGAUAAAAAAUAAUAUUCCUAAAGAAGAAGGCCAAGUCUGGAGAAUUCAGUAUCGGAAAGGAGAUAAAGAUCUUAAGCUUGUCAGAGUUUCAGAUUUCGAGGAAGAGCAAAGACUUGUGGAAGCUAUAGUGGAAAAAGAUUUUAAAAAUUGGAGACAGUCUUUGGGUGAUCAAUAA